CGGUGGCUGUCGCCCGGGGAGUCCUUCGCCUGCAACUACUGCCACCGCAGGUUCUACAGCUCGCAGGCGCUGGGCGGCCACCAGAACGCGCACAAGCUUGAGCACACCCUCGCAAAGCGCAGCCGGGACAUCCUCGCCGCCGCCGCGUCACCGUCCUUGUCCCCACCACCGACGCUGGCGCCACCGGCCAUCGUCUUCCACGCCGCGCCACCGGAACGCAACAACAACAAGGACGACGACUUCCUGCAGCAGGUGGCGCCACCGACACCGAGCGUCAUGAUGGACAUGGUAGGAUGGGGCGCUGACACGGCCGUCGCGGCUGACGGCGGCUGUGGUCGCCUCGGCCUCAGCCUCGGCCAUGGCCGGAAUGGGGACGGCGUCAACCCCCGCCCCUGCGGCGGAGGUCGUCGGCCGGGGGGCUGCGCCAUCGAGGAUGGGCACGGGAACUCGCACCCGAAGGAAGAGGAGGGGAAGGCACCCGAAGCGGCCGGCAACGGGAUGGUGCUGCCAGCGGCGGGGGUUGCGGCUGGCGGCGGGAUGGUGCGGCUGGCGGCGGGGGGUGCGGCCGGCAGUGUGGCUAGGGCGGGUGGCGGUGGGGGCGGCCGGUAG